AUGGGCUCAAAGCAUAAGGGAGCCACAAGGAUGGCCUCCUUACGAGAAUCGCCAUGGUGGUUAGUAGCAAUAGUAGUUUUUAUAUAUCUGAUUGUAAAUACAAGUGCGCAAAUGUGGAACGAUAUCGAUAGCGGUAGUGUAGGCUUGCUUGGAAGAAAUAAAAAUAUAAGAGAACGUGUAAAUGUACAAAAAGUGCCUGACAGUUAUGAUAUUAUUGAUACUGCAAAUACACCAGUGAGAGGGCCUCCAGCUAAAAAUUGUACAGGCUCUGGCUGUUGUAUACCAAAAUGUUUCGCAGAAAAAGGAAAUAGAGGUUUACCUGGCGUUCCUGGAUAUCCAGGACCUAAGGGUAUGCAAGGUUUCGCUGGUUCAGAAGGUUUACCUGGACCAAAAGGACAAAAAGGAGAAACAGGUCCAGUCGGUCCAUGGGGUCCAAAAGGAGAUAGAGGCAAAACUGGUGUUCCCGGUUUUCCCGGAGUUCCAGGUUUACCUGGUCAUAGUGGUCCAUCAGGUGCUCCUGGUAUUCCUGGUAUUGACGGAUGUAAUGGAACAGAUGGUCUUCCGGGUCUUCCUGGUUUGCAAGGAAAUGCUGGUCCAAGAGGAUACCCUGGUUCACCUGGUGGCAAGGGAGAAAAAGGAGAACCUGCACAAAUUGACUUCUCAAAUUAUGAAAAGGGUCAAAAGGGUGAGCCUGGAUUUGAUGGCAGAAUCGGAAAUCCUGGUCUUCCUGGAAUAAACGGUGAACGUGGAGAACCUGGUCAAGCUGGUUAUGAUGGAUAUGAUGGUCAAAAAGGAGAGAGAGGUGACUCUGGUGAAAAAGGAGACUGUAUUAAGGGACCUGCUGGUGAAAAGGGAGAAACUACUCAAUUCCAACCUGUUGCAUCUCGGCCUGAAGAAUUUAUUGGACCAACAGGACCCGCAGGACCUAAGGGUGACAAAGGAGACACUGGCAUGCCAGGCUCAAUUGGAGAUGCAGAGGAAAUCCUGGUCAACCUGGUUUUCUCGGAGAAAAGGGAGAAAAAGGUCUUCCUGGACCUCCUGGACAAAGAGGUAGAGAUGGACCAUUCGGACCUACAGGACCUCCUGGACAAAAAGGUGACAUUGGUUUGGAAGGUCUUCACGGUUUAGACGGACCAGCAGGACAAAAAGGAGAUCCAGGCAGAAAUGGUUUACCAGGUUCCCCUGGUUUACUUGGACCACCGGGUCCACCCGGAGGCGGCAAAGGCACUCCAGGACCACCAGGCCCAGCAGGUCCACGUGGUUUCAGAGGUCUUCCUGGUCCAAAAGGAUUAGAUGGACUUCCUGGAGAAAGAGGUUUGAAAGGAAAUAUGGGAAUGAAAGGAGGCCCAGGAUUGCCAGGAAGACAAGGUCCUGAAGGUUUCCCCGGUGAAAAAGGACAAAAGGGUGACGGUGGAAAAGCAGGAUUCCCUGGUGUACAAGGUCCAAGAGGUUUACCAGGCAUGCCUGGCCCAGAAGGUCUUCGAGGAGAAAUGGGCGAACCCGGAAUUGGAAUUCAAGGUGAAAAGGGAGACAAUGGUUUAGCUGGAUUCCCAGGUUUGGCAGGAAGAAAAGGUGAACGAGGUUUCAAAGGUCAAUCUGGUGUUCCUGGAGAUUCAAGAGAUGGAAGACCUGGAGUGCCUGGCAGAACUGGAACGCCUGGAUUAAAGGGAGAACCUGGAAGACCUGGUUUAAGUGGUUUGAAGGGAGAAAGUGGUGAAAAGGGAGACAUUGGUGGAAGAUGCUCAGAUUGUAGACCUGGAUUCAAAGGCGACAAAGGAGAAAGAGGAAUGGACGGAUUACCUGGAGCUCCUGGAUUAAUGGGAAUUCCUGGCGAAAAAGGAUUUAUUGGAAUUAGAGGAGAAGAUGGAAAUCCAGGUCCCCCGGGACAAGCAGGAGAAAAGGGAACUGACGGUAGAGAUGGUUUGCCUGGAGCAGAUGGACCAAGAGGAGAUGACGCUAUUGUUCCAUUGAAUUUGAUUGAACCUAUAAAGGGAGACAAAGGUGCUACUGGACCAAUGGGAAGAGAUGGCCCUAAAGGAAAUUUAGGUUUAAAAGAGGUUUACCGGGUAUUCCUGGUCUUAAGGGAUCCCAAGGACCUUCUGGAGAACCUGGCAGACCUGGUAUUCCUGGUCUUGAUGGUACACCUGGCAGACCUGGUAGAGAUGGACUUCCUGGCCCAAAGGGUGCUUCAGUUAAGGGAGAACCAGGUUUCCCUGGUCUCGAUGGAUCUAAAGGUCAAAAAGGAGAUCCUGGUUUCAGAGGAGAUCGUGGUGAUACACCAAACUGUCCAAAACUUGAUGUUCCAAAUGAAAUUCGUGGUUUACCUGGUGAUCAAGGAGAACCAGGUCCAGUUGGAAUUCCAGGUUCUCCAGGAGAAAGAGGUCCAGUGGGAGCAAAGGGAGACAAAGGAGAGCACGGUUUGCCUGGUGCUACUGGAUUACCUGGUCCAUUUGGACCACGUGGUCUACCAGGUCCAAGAGGAGACAAAGGUUUUAACGGUGCUGUUGGAUUCCCAGGAAAUCCUGGAAAAGAUGGAUUAAGAGGAUUGCCUGGUUUGCCCGGAGACAAGGGACAAAAGGGUGAACAAGGUUUGAGUGUAGCAGGUCCACCUGGACCAAAAGGUAAUCUCGGUUUCCAAGGUCGCAAAGGAGAACGUGGUGUAAGUGGAAUUCAAGGAUUACCAGGUUUGCAAGGAUUACCUGGAUAUCCAGGAGAAAAGGGAGAUUUUGGUGAAGCUGGUACCCCUGGUGCCCCUGGAUUUACAGGACCAAAAGGAGAUGCUGGUCCAAAGGGUCCACAAGGAUUACAAGGGCCUAUUGGUAGACCUGGAAUUGAUGGACGCAAUGGUAUUCCUGGCAUGAAAGGAGAUCAAGGAAGUACUGGUAUCGUUGGUAUGCCUGGUGCAAAGGGAGAAAGAGGAUAUCCUGGAAAUGAUGGACCAAAGGGUUACAUGGGUCCAAAGGGUGGCGCAGGAUUGAGAGGAUUGCCAGGACCAACAGGCUUGAAGGGAGAACGUGGCGAGAAAGGAGACAAAGGAGAUCUCGGUCUUGAAGGUCUUCCUGGUAUUGCUGGUCCACCUGGUCCCCCUGGUCCUAAAGGAAACAUUGGUCCAGUUGGUCCAGCUGGUUUGCCUGGCUUAGAUGGUGAAAAGGGAGAUAGAGGAUUCCCAGGUUUGAUCGGUAUUAAGGGAGAGCCUGGUGAUGUUUCAGAAAAGGGCCAAAAAGGAGAAGUUGGACCACCUGGUUUGAGAGGAAUUGAUGGUAGACCUGGAUUUGAUGGUCCUAUUGGACCAAAGGGAGAUGCUGGAUUACCUGGAAUCGGACAACAAGGACCUCCUGGUCCACCGGGUCGUGAUGGUUUAGAUGGUUUGCCUGGAUUAGAUGGAAUUAAAGGUGACUCCGGUUUGCCUGGAUUCCCUGGACUUAAGGGAGACAAGGGUAUGAAUGGUCCAAACGGAAUUCCUGGAUCUCCAGGUUUAGAUGGUUUGAAAGGAAAUGAAGGAGCACCAGGUUUGCCAGGACCUUUCGGGCAAAAGGGUGCUAAAGGUGAAGCAGGACCCGUCAGUCAAGGAGAACGUGGUGAUAUUGGUUUACCUGGUCCACUUGGAUAUCCUGGAAUCAAGGGAGAGAGAGGUCCUCAAGGAGAAAGAGGUUUACCCGGACCACUUGUUGAUGUUAAAGGUGAUAAGGGAGAUAGAGGCUUCCCAGGUCCAGUUGGCUUACCAGGAGACGUUGGCUUACAAGGUGACAAAGGUGACCAAGGUCCAGCAGGUCCUGUCGGUUUCCCUGGUAUGGAUGGCUUAGUCGGUCAAAAGGGAGAACCUGGACCAUUUGGGGAACGUGGAGAUGUCGGUCCAAUCCUUAAGGGAGAAAAGGGUCUUCCUGGACGUCCUGGAAAAAAUGGACGAGAUGGAUUAAUCGGUAUGCCUGGCGAAAAAGGUGACAGAGGUUUACCAGGUUUAGAUGGUGUUGUUGGACAAAGAGGUAUGCCAGGACCAAUAGGAAGAACUGGAGAAAAAGGAGAUCGUGGUUUAACAGGCUUGCCUGGUAGAGACGGAAACACUGGAUUGGAAGGAAGAAAGGGUGAACGAGGCUUCCCAGGACCAAAGGGAGAUCAAGGAUUCCCAGGCCCACUUGGACCAACUGGACCUAAAGGUGAUCAAGGUGCACCAGGUUUGGAUGGAAGAAAUGGAAUUCCAGGAAUGAAGGGUGAUAAGGGUGAUAUUGGUCUUCCUGGAUUCGAUGGAGCUCCUGGACAGCCAGGUGACCGAGGAUUGGUUGGAAUGAAGGGUUCUAUGGGAUACACUGGAGAAACAGGUCUCAUGGGAGAAAAGGGAGAGCCUGGUAUUCCAGCCCCUUCACCAAUUAUUGGAGCACCAGGAAAACCAGGUUUGCCUGGGCAAAAGGGAGAAACAGGACCACCUGGUAUGCCUGGUUUGAUUGGUUUACAAGGAGAACGUGGUGAACAAGGAGCAAUCGGUGUUAUUGGUCUUGAAGGUCAACGUGGUCCACCUGGAUUAAGAGGCGAAAUCGGUUUAACUGGUCCACCGGGACGUGACGGAGCAGCAGGUCUUCAAGGUUUCAAGGGUAAUUCCGGUGCACCAUGCACACAUGCACCAGAUUAUCUUACUGGUAUCUUAUUGGUUAAGCACAGUCAGUCAGAAGAAAUCCCACAAUGUGAUGCAGGACAUACGAAAUUAUGGGACGGUUACUCACUCAUGUACGUUGAUGGAAACGAUUAUCCAGCUAAUCAAGAUUUAGGUUCACCAGGCUCAUGUGUUCGUAAAUUCUCAACAAUGCCAGUUAUGGCUUGUGGUCAGAAUAAUGUCUGUAAUUAUGCAUCACGUAACGAUCGUACAUUCUGGCUCUCAACAUCAAAGGAAAUUCCAAUGAUGCCAGUCGCAGAUUACGAAGUUCGUCCAUACAUUUCACGUUGUAGUGUCUGUGAAGUUCCAUCCAAUGUUAUUGCCAUCCACAGUCAAUCAGUUCAAGUUCCUGAAUGUCCAUACGGUUGGGACAGUCUUUGGAUUGGUUAUACCUUCAUGAUGCACACUGCUGUCGGACAUGGAGGUGGUGGUCAAGGACUCGCCGAUCCAGGUUCAUGCUUGCAAGACUUCCGUGCAACACCAUUUAUUGAAUGUAAUGGCGGCAAAGGUCAAUGUCACUACUACGAGACAAUGACAAGUUUCUGGAUGGUAACAAUCGAUCAACAAAAUCAAUUCCGUGCACCAGAACAACAAACAUUGAAAGCAGGAUCACUUCAUACAAAAGUUUCAAGAUGUAAUGUUUGCAUACGAAUGUAA